GCGAACGGAAUCUCCAGUCAAACCCAAGCUGGAGUACUGAAAUUUGUGUGGGCAGGAAGACUAGCCUGAAAAUUUUGAUUUGGAGCAUGGCAUCGUCGUCGGAUCACAAGGCAACCGUCAUCGACGGCAAAGCAGUAGCUCAUACUAUACGGUCCGAAAUCGCCGAUGAAGUCCGUCAACUGUCCCAGAAGUACGGCAAGGUCCCAGGAUUGGCCGUGGUCCUAGUGGGACAUAGGAAAGACUCUCAAAGCUACGUGAGUAUGAAGAGGAAGGCAUGUGCUGAGGUUGGGAUCAAGUCCUUUGACAUCGGCCUUCCAGAGCAAGUGUCCGAAGCCGAAUUAAUCAGCAAGGUCCAUGAGCUGAAUGCAAAUCCAGAUGUUCAUGGUAUACUGGUGCAGCUUCCACUUCCAAAGCAUGUAAAUGAAGAGAAAGUUUUGGGUGAAAUUAGCUUGGAAAAAGAUGUGGAUGGCUUUCACCCUUUAAAUAUAGGCAAGCUUGCGAUGAAAGGCAGAGAGCCUCUAUUCCUUCCUUGCACCCCUAAGGGCUGUCUUGAGCUUCUGUCACGUAGUGGCAUUAGCAUAAAGGGCAAGAAGGCAGUUGUGGUAGGACGAAGCAAUAUUGUUGGAUUACCUGUUUCCCUACUACUACUCAAAGAAGACGCCACUGUCACUAUAGUGCAUUCACGUACCAAGGAACCAGAAAAAAUUAUUCGUGAGGCAGACAUUGUUAUUGCUGCAGCAGGACAAGCGAACAUGAUACAAGGCAGCUGGAUCAAAUCCGGUGCUGCUGUUAUCGAUGUGGGGACAAAUGCUGUGGAUGAUCGAACUAAGAAGUCAGGUUAUAGGCUUGUGGGAGAUGUUGAUUUCAAGGAAGCAAGCAAAGUGGCUGGAUGGAUAACUCCUGUUCCUGGAGGUGUUGGACCAAUGACAGUGGCAAUGUUACUCAAAAAUACCUUGGAUGGAGCUAAGCGGGUGAUUGAGCGAUAAUUCCUCCUUUAAUACUUCUCAUCCUAAUAAAAUGCCAAUCAAAUCAGAGUCACUGAUACAAGGAAGAAAAGUGUACUUUAACGUUUUCCUAUGUUUUCACGAGAAUCUAUCUAUACUGUUCAAAAUCGAUCUCAGGAAAAAGUAGAAGCAGUUCUCUUGUUUCGCAUUACUUGAGCUUUAUUAAUCUCAUAAAUAUUGCCACGUUCGCAUACUGUGGUUUGGUUCAUCCUGCUGACUGAAUUUAGUUGUUUGUAAUAAUAAUCAGGGAAAUCACUGAGU